AUGGCAAUCACUCCAAUCAUUACCAAGGGCGACGUAAUAGCUCAGGCCCAAUCGGGUACCGGAAAAACGGCAACCUUCUCCAUUGCAAUGCUUCAGAAAAUUGACCCCAAUUUAAACUUCCCUCAAGCCCUUGUGUUGGCACCUACCCGUGAACUUGCCAAUCAAAUCCACAAAGUAAUCUUGGCCUUGGGAGAAUUUAUGAAUGUCCGUGUCAAAGUCUGUAUUGGAGGCUCCAGUGUCUCAGAGGCUCUGCAAUCAUUCAGAUCCAACCAGCCGCAUAUUAUUGUUGGAACCCCGGGUCGUGUACUUGACUUGAUUAGUCGCAAGGCCUUUAAUACCUCACACCUACACAUGUUUGUUCUUGAUGAAGCGGAUGAGAUGCUUUCUCGCGGCUUUGCCGAUCAAAUUAAUGUGAUAUUCAAAUCUGUCCCUGGAUCUAUUCAAGUUGUUCUUCUCUCUGCUACACUUCCAGAAGAUGUUCAAGAUGUAUCUAAGAAAUUCAUGAGAAACCCUACCCGAAUCUUGGUGAAAAAUGCCGAGCUUACCCUUGAGGGCAUCAAGCAGUUUUAUGUGAACGUUGAAAAAGAAGAGUUCAAGUUUGAGACUCUUUGCGAUAUUUAUGAAGUCGUUACAAUUCAACAAGCCGUUAUUUUCUGCAAUACCCGCCCCAGGGUUGAAGAGCUUACCGCGAAAAUGCAAGAAAAAGACUUUACCGUAUCCUCAAUCCAUGGAGAACUUUUGCAGCCUGUUCGUGAAUCUAUUAUGAAGGAAUUCAAAAGUGGAGCUUCUCGUGUCCUCAUCACUACCGACCUUCUGGCGCGUGGUAUAGAUGUACAGCAAGUCUCGGUAGUUAUUAAUUACGACCUUCCCACGUCCAAGGAAAAUUAUAUCCACCGUAUCGGCCGCUCUGGUCGCUUUGGACGCAAAGGUGUUGCCAUCAAUCUGAUCACGGAAGAUGACGUCAAAGAUUUGAAGGAGAUUGAAAGUUUCUACAAUACCCACAUUGAUGAAAUGCCGCAAGAAGUCUCAAGUCUCCUUAAAUAA